AUGGCUGAGGAGAUUACCAUUGACGACACCAACUUUUACAACCGCCUCUCUAGCUUUUAUGCCUCAUGGAAGGCCGACAGGCGCUCGGGCAAUGCCCUCUUCGGCAACGCAGGGUCUAUGGUCAUUUUGAUGGGCAAGACCGACGAGGAGAAUUCCUUCCAGAAGAACAACGCCAUGCAUUUUUGGCUUCUUGGGUAUGAAUUCCCAGCCACCCUAUUUGUCCUCACGACCGAAUCGAUCUAUGUGGUCACUACAGCCAAGAAAGCGAAACACCUCGAGCCACUGAAAGGGGGCAAGAUCCCACUCGAGAUCUUGGUCACCACCAAAGAUCCAGAAACGAAAACAAAAGCAUUUGAAAAAUGCUUGGAUGUUAUCAAAGGCGCGGGGAACAAAGUCGGUACUUUGCCCAAGAGUACGGCCUCGGGGCCCUUCGCGGAUGAAUGGAAACGUGCAUUUGCAGAAAUAUCGAAAGAAGUGGAGGAGGUUGACAUAACACCCGCACUUUCGGCUGCUUUUGCAAUCAAAGAUUCUGAUGAACUGGUCUCGAUUCGCAAUGCCUCCAGAGCAUGCAGUGGCUUAAUGUCAGAGUACUUCGUCGAUGAGAUGUCUCGUUUGCUCGACGAAGAAAAGAAAAUGACACACAAGGCUCUCGCCGCGAAAGUUGAUGCCAAGAUUGACGAUGCGAAAUUCUUCAACAAACUGGCGCGGCUACCCUCAGACUUCGACCCUCAGCAGAUUGACUGGGCUUACGGCCCUGUAAUUCAAAGCGGAGGGGUCUACGAUCUGAAGCUCACGGCGACACCCGACAGCAGAAACCUUGAACCGGGUAUCAUUCUAUCCAGCUUCGGAAUCAGGUACAAGACAUAUAGUUCCCUUAUUGCGCGUACCUAUUUGGUUGAUCCCACCAAAUCACAAGAAGCAAAUUAUGCCUUUCUGCUGAGUCUUCAUGAAGCAACCAUGAAAGAGAUUCGGGAUGGCGUGGUAGCCAAAGAUGUUUACAACAAGGCUAUGGGUCUCGUUCGGUCUAAGAAGCCCGAAUUGGAGGCACACUUCCUGAAGAAUGUCGGUGCGGGCAUUGGAAUUGAGCUGCGCGAUGCCAAUAUGGUCCUCAACUCCAAAAACAACCGUGUCCUGAAAAAUGGCAUGACACUGUCCAUCACGAUUGGACUGACUGAUGUGAAGGAUCCAGAGUCGAAGAGCGCCAAGAAUGGCGGAUACUCUAUGGUCAUCACUGACACGAUUCGCGUUGGAGAAAGCGGGCCUCACAUUUUCACCAAAGACGCUGGGAUCGACAUGGACUCGAUCUCUUUCUAUUUCGGCGAUGAGGAAGAGCCCGAGAAGCCCGUCAAAGAGAAGAAGGAGACAAAGUCCAGUGCGAUUGCUGGUAGAAACGUCACGAGGACAAAGCUUCGUGCUGAACGGCCCACCCAGGUCAACGAAGGAGCCGAAGCCCGUCGUCGGGAGCACCAGAAAGAGCUCGCUGCGAAGAAGACGAAGGAGGGCCUGGAGCGGUUCGCUGGUACCACUGGAGAUGAUAACGGGGUUGCACAAAAGAAGUUCAAGCGUUUUGAGUCUUACAAGCGAGACAACCAACUGCCUGCUAAGGUCAAGGAUCUUACCGUUUAUGUCGACCUGAAAACCUCGACUGUGAUUGUGCCUAUCAUGGGCCGGCCUGUUCCCUUCCACAUCAACACCAUAAAGAAUGCCAGCAAAAGCGAUGAGGGAGAGUACGCCUACCUACGGAUCAACUUCCUAUCGCCGGGCCAGGGUGUUGGUCGGAAAGAUGACCAACCUUUUGAAGAUCUGUCGGCCCAUUUUGUCCGCAACCUCACUCUCCGGUCCAAGGACAAUGAUCGUCUUGCACGAGUUGCCCAAGAUAUCACUGAACUGCGCAAGACGGCUCUACGCCGAGAGCAGGAGAAGAAGGAACUGGAGGAUGUCGUGGAGCAGGAUAAACUGGUUGAAAUCAGGAACCGACGCCCCGUUAAACUCCCUGACGUUUAUCUGCGACCUCCUUUGGACGGUAAGCGAGUUCCCGGAGAAGUCGAGAUCCAUCAAAAUGGUCUUCGGUACCUAUCGCCUUUCCGCAACGAGCAUGUUGAUGUGCUCUUCAGCAACGUAAAGCAUCUUUUCUUCCAGCCAUGCGCCCAUGAAUUGAUUGUCUUGAUUCAUGUACAUCUCAAAACGCCGAUCAUGAUCGGAAAGCGGAAGACAAAGGACAUCCAGUUUUACCGCGAGGCCACGGAGAUGCAAUUCGAUGAGACUGGAAAUCGUCGGCGCAAGCACCGCUACGGAGAUGAGGAGGAGUUUGAGGCUGAACAGGAAGAGAGACGGCGUAGAGCUGCGUUGGACCGUGAGUUCAAGGCUUUCGCCGAGAAAAUUGCAGACGCUGGCAAAGACGAGGGUGUUGAUGUCGAUAUCCCAUUCAGGGAGAUCGGCUUCACUGGCGUGCCCAAUCGCUCCAACGUCUUGAUUCAACCGACUACAGAUGCUCUUGUCCAGCUUACUGAGCCUCCUUUUACGACGGUCACGCUGAAUGAGAUCGAGAUUGCUCAUUUGGAGAGAGUUCAGUUUGGACUCAAAAAUUUCGACAUGGUCCUUAUUUUCAAAGAUUUCCGCCGGACUCCCGUUCAUAUUAACACGAUUCCCGUUGAAGCACUCGAAGGUGUCAAGGACUGGCUUGAUUCUGUUGAUAUUGCCUUCACCGAGGGUCCACUGAACCUGAACUGGACCACGAUCAUGAAGACAGUGGUCAGUGAUCCAUAUGGUUUCUUCGCUGAUGGCGGCUGGUCUUUCUUGUCCGCCGAAUCGGACUCUGAGAAUGGCUCAGAUGAGGAGGAGGAGUCGGCUUUCGAGCUAUCCGAAUCGGAACUUGCAGCUGGAGACGAGAGUUCUGAGGAGGACAGUGAAUUUGACGAUGAUGCGAGCGCCGAUGCCAGCGAUGAAGAGUUCAGCGGUGAUGAAGAGAGUGGGGAGGACUGGGAUGAACUCGAGGAAAAGGCGAAACGUAAAGACAAAGAGACCAACCUUGAGGAGAACGAUCGUGGUACGAAACGCAAACGCUAA